AUGUACGAUGUCAUCAGUCCCCGACUGUGCUGUGUCAUCUACUCCCGCCCACGCCUCAGUUCCCACGGAAACAACACACUCACUGUUUCCAGCCAACAGCCUCACACAAGCGGCUCCCGUCUCAGUGUGCCCCGUCGCCCUGAUCCAAUAAAAACUAAAGUGACGCGUUCUCCUCUACUGGCUUUGCCAUAGGGCCUCAAAAACACACACCAGUCUCUCUUGUCUAUUUUAGCAGUAAUGAAUGUCUUCUAACUGAUCUCUCUCUGGUCUAGUACUGCAGUGUGUCAGUCAGUUCUGCUGAGGCAUGUCUAACGUGUGUGUGUGUGUGUGUGUGUGUGUGUGUGUGUGUGUGUGUGUGUGUGUGUGGUGUGUGUGUGUGUGUGUGUGUGUGUAGCCACGUCCCCGGUUCCAGGCUCAGAGUUGGAGCAGGCCCGCCCUCAGACCAGCGGAGAGGAGGAGCUCCAGCUCCAGCUGGCCCUGGCCAUGAGCAGAGAGGCUGCAGAACAGGUACGCACGCCACGGCCACGCCCGUCAUCUGUUCGGUGGUCAACACUUCCUCUGUCUGUCUGUCAGCUUGCUCAGGGGGACUCCUCUCUAGGUUAAUCUCUCGGUGGUCAACACUUCAACACGUCUUUUAGAGACUGUUCUCUGUCUCCCUCUGUCUGUCUGUCAGCUUGCUCAGGGGGACUCCUCUCUAGGUUAAUCUCUCGGUGGUCAACACGUCUUUUAGAGACUGUUCCCUGUCUCCCUCUGUCUGUCUGUCACCUUGCUCAGGGGGACUCCUCUCUAGGUUAAUCUCUCUGUGGUCAACACGUCUUUUAGAGACUGUUCCCUGUCUCCCUCUGUCUGUCUGUCACCUUGCUCAGGGGGACUCCUCUCUAGGUUAAUCUCUCUGUGGUCAACACUUCUUCAACACGUCUUUUAGAGACUGUUCCCUGUCUCCCUCUGUCUGUCACCUUGCUCAGGGGGACUCCUCUCUAGGUUAAUCUCUCUGUGGUCAACACUUCUUCAACACGUCUUUUAGAGACUGUUCUCUGUCUCCCUCUGUCUGUCUGUCACCUUGCUCAGGGGGACUCCUCUCUAGGUUAAUCUCUCGGUGGUCAACACUUCAACACGUCUUUUAGAGACUGUUCCCUGUCUCCCUCUGUCUGUCUGUCACCUUGCUCAGGGGGACUCCUCUCUAGGUUAAUCUCUCUGUGGUCAACACUUCUUCAACACGUCUUUUAGAGACUGUUCCCUGUCUCCCUCUGUCUGUCAGCUUGCUCAGGGGGACUCCUCUCUAGGUUAAUCUCUCUGUGGUCAACACUUCAACACGUCUUUUAGAGACUGUUCCCUGUCUCCCUCUGUCUGUCACCUUGCUCAGGGGGACUCCUCUCUAGGUUAAUCUCUCUGUGGUCAACACGUCUUUUAGAGACUGUUCCCUGUCUCCCUCUGUCUGUCUGUCACCUUGCUCAGGGGGACUCCUCUCUAGGUUAAUCUCUCUGUGGUCAACACGUCUUUUAGAGACUGUUCCCUGUCUCCCUCUGUCUGUCUGUCACCUUGCUCAGGGGGACUCCUCUCUAGGUUAAUCUCUCUGUGGUCAACACUUCAUCAACACGUCUUUUAGAGACUGUUCCCUGUCUCCCUCUGUCUGUCUGUCACCUUGCUCAGGGGGACUCCUCUCUAGGUUAAUCUCUCUGUGGUCAACACUUCAUCAACACGUCUUUUAGAGACUGUUCCCUGUCUCCCUCUGUCUGUCUGUCACCUUGCUCAGGGGGACUCCUCUCUAGGUUAAUCUCUCUGUACCUUUCUACCUUUCUCUCUGUGCGUAGGAGGAGAGGAUGCGUCGGGGAGAUGACCUGAGACUCCAGAUGGCGCUAGAGGAGAGUCGUAAAGGAAAAGCCCUCGGUGAUACCGGCUCUGGAAAACUAGCGAAGAAGAAGAGAGAGGUACACACACACACACAGACACACAGACACACCGACAGAGGGGCUUGGCUAUCUCAGUGUUUCCAAUGGUACGGCUGUAGGUUGUUGUAGUCUGUUUUUCUCGAAAGGUGAUGGAUGGCUGAUUGACCGACCCUCAUAAGACUUCUUCUGGGCUGACUGUUUCUCUCAUUAGGGCUGUUGUUUUUUUGUCCCCUGUGUGUCAGGGUUUCAAAGCCGAUUUAAAUAAAAACGGGUGCCGGCCAAUUGUCCAGGAGAAGAAAAAAUAAAAAUAAUAAUCCCCAUUCGAAAUAAUGUAUUUUAGCCGUUUCAUUGAUUUUUUUUUUUAAAUACCAGUCGAUGUAGCGUGAGAGAUUUACAUCUCAUCAACCAGCCGUUGCUGCUGGAGUUAAAAACGUGUUUUUUAUAAAAAGCCCAGUCAUUGCGCAACAAUUUCUAAAAAUGUUAAUCGCGUAUAAAAAAAAAAAAAAAAAAGAGCUACUGGUAAUUGAAGCGCGCUUCCCAUUCGCCGUCCAAGUGUAUAGGGCAACUCGGCAGGCUUCAGUAACAUCGCGUCACGUUGCAGUGAUCCGGAGACCGUGUGCAUUUUGAAAACAUGUACUUGGUUUGUUUUGAAACCUGACCGUUUUACCUCAUAUUAUGAGGUGUGUCUUACCAUGCUUCUAAAGUAGCCUAUAGCCACAAAUCCAACCAUGGAAACGUUUCAGGCACAUUAUUUUAUAAAGACUUCCUCAUGUGCCGUUUUGAAACCAGCAUCCUGUUUCUCUCACGUUCUAUUGGUUUUCAACUUUCUUUCAUUUGUCCGGUAGCCAAAAUGCCCAAUCCUAGUCAUAUUAGCAACCCCCACGCUAGUUGUUGCAUCUUUAGAUCUCCCCCUUUCUUUCUAACAGAUAUUUCCGUCUGUCAGGAAACGGCUCGCAUGUGCAGUGCCUUUUUCUAAACAACGUGCCCUCCCCCCGCCCCCCCUUCCCCGCUAAUUUCAUUAUGGAACAAACAGUCUGUCUGUUUGGAAUAGGCAGCGUCUUGGCUGAGGAACAGUAAAUGUGGACAGUUAUUCUAUCAUCUUGCGCUGGAUUGGAUGACUUUUGGUGCUCCCCCCCCCCACAGCAGCCCCAGUCCUCCCUUCUGGAUCUGAUGGAUGUUCCAGAGAGGGGUUCAGCCGACCCCUGGGGGGCAAGAGGAGCUGCUGCACCUGACCCCUGGCAGGCCUACGGUACUCACACAUACACACACACACCCCUGGAAGGCCUACGGUACUCACACACACACCCCUGGAAGGCCUACGGUACUCACACACACACACACACACCCCUGGAAGGCCUACGGUACUCACACACACACACACACCCCUGGCAGGCCUACGGUACUCACACACACACACACCCCUGGCAGGCCUACGGUACUCACACACACACCACAUACACACACACACACACACCCCUGGCAGGCCUAUGGUACUCACACACACACACACACACACACACACACACCCCUGGCAGGCCUACAGUACUCACACACACACACACACACACACCCCUGGCAGGCCUACGGUACUCACACACACACACACACACACACCCCUGGCAGGCCUACGGUACUCACACACACACACACACACACCCCUGGCAGGCCUACGGUACUCACAUCACACACACACACACCCCUCCCACACACACACACACCCCCCUGGCAGGCCUACGGUACUCACACACACACACACACACACACACACACCACAUACACACACACACCCCUGGCAGGCCUACGGUACUCACAUACACACACACACCCCUGGCAGGCCUACGGUACUCACAUACACACACACACACCCUGGCAGGCCUACGGUACUCGCAUACACACACACACACCCCUGGCAGGCCUACGGUACUCACAUACACACACACACCCCUGGCAGGCCUACGGUACUCACACAUACACACACACCUGGCAGGCCUACGGUACUCACAUACAACACACCACACCCCUGGCAGGCCUACGGUACUCGCAUACACACACACACACACACACACACACCCCUGGCAGGCCUACGGUACUCACACACACACACACACACACCCCUGGCAGGCCUACGGUACUCACACACACACACACACACACCCACACACACACACCCCUGGCAGGCCUACGGUACUCACACACACACACACACACCCCUGGCAGGCCUACGGUACUCACACACACACACACACACCCCUGGCAGGCCUACGGUACUCACACACACACACACACACCCCUGGCAGGCCUACGGUACUCACACACACACACACACCCCUGGCAGGCCUACGGUACUCACACACACACACACACCCCUGGCAGGCCUACGGUACUCGCAUACACACACACACACCCCUGGCAGGCCUACGGUACUCUCACACACACACCCCUGGCAGGCCUACGGUACUCACAUACACACACACACCCCUGGCAGGCCUACGGUACUCACACACACACCCCUGGCAGGCCUACGGUACUCACAUACACACACACACCCCUGGCAGGCCUACGGUACUCACAUACACACACACACACACACACACACACCCCUGGCAGGCCUACGGUACUCACAUACACACACACACCCCUGGCAGGCCUACGGUACUCACUCACUCACUCACUCACUCACUCACUCACUCACUCACUCACUCACUCACUCACACACAGACUAGAAGCAGUGUCCCAAUAUUCGUACUUGCGUUCUAAAUAGUAGGCAUUUUGUUGAUGUGAAAAUAUAAAUACAAAAUGGAGUGCUUUAAAUGCCAGGAUGUCGUACUCCAUUUGGGCUUUUCAUCUGGUAGAAUUCACUGCACACUAAUUAGGAAGAGAAUCAUCUUUUGAGAUCAACAUGUUUGACAACGGCUGAUAAUCAGAUCAGGGGAGGCGCCGUACCAAAAAUGAACGAAUGGCAGGAAUCAACGCAAUUGCAUUUCGAUGAGGCAUUCUCAGUAUGGAUGAGUAGUAUGUGGAUAUUAGUUUUUACUGAACAGUGCGUUCAAUAAUAAUCAUCAUCAGUUUAGUAUGAUUAGUACACAGUAUGUAGUUUUAGUAAGUGGUAGACAAGACAGAUUUGGGACACGGCCAGUGGGUUUGACAGCAUAAGGGGACAGGAACUGUCCAGUGGGUUUGACAGCGUAAAGGGGACAGGAACUGUCCAGUGGGUUUGACAGUGUAAAGGGGACAGGAACUGUCCAGUGGGUUUGACAGUGUAAAGGGGACAGGAACUGUCCAGUGGGUUUGACAGUGUAAAGGGGGGACAGGAACUGUCCAGUGGGUUUGACAGUGUAAAGGGGACAGGAACUGUCCAGUGGGUUUGACAGUGUAAAGGGGGACAGGAACUGUCCAGUGGGUUUGACAGUGUAAAGGGGACAGGAACUGUCCAGUGGGUUUGACAGUGUAAAGGGGGGACAGGAACUGUCCAGUGGGUUUGACAGUGUAAAGGGGACAGGAACUGUCCAGUGGGUUUGACAGUGUAAAGGGGACAGGAACUGUCCAGUGGGUUUGACAGUGUAAAGGGGGGACAGGAACUGUCCAGUGGGUUUGACAGUGUAAAGUGGGACAGGAACUGUCCAGUGGGUUUGACAGUGUAAAGGGGGACAGGAACUGUCCAGUGGGUUUGGACAGUGUAGUAAAGGGGACAGGAACUGUCCAGUGGGUUUGACAGUGUAAAGGGGGGACAGGAACUGUCCAGUGGGUUUGACAGUGUAAAGGGGACAGGAACUGUCCAGUGGGUUUGACAGUGUAAAGGGGACAGGAACUGUCCAGUGGGUUUGACAGUGUAAAGGGGGACAGGAACUGUCCAGUGGGUUUGACAGUGUAAAGGGGACAGGAACUGUCCAGUGGGUUUGACAGUGUAAAGGGGGGACAGGAACUGUCCAGUGGGUUUGACAGCAUAAAGGGGGGACAGGAACUGUCCAGUGGGUUUGACAGCAUAAAGGGGGGACAGGAACUGUCCAGUGGGUUUGACAGUGUAAAGGGGGGACAGGAACUGUCCAGUGGGUUUGACAGUGUAAAGGGGGGACAGGAACUGUCCAGUGGGUUUGACAGUGUAAAGGGGACAGGAACUGUCCAGUGGGUUUGACAGCGUAAAGGGGGGACAGGAACUGUCCAGUGGGUUUGACAGUGUAAAGGGGACAGGAACUGUCCAGUGGGUUUGACAGUGUAAAGGGGACAGGAACUGUCCAGUGGGUUUGACAGCAUAAAGGGGGGACAGGAACUGUCCAGUGGGUUUGACAGUGUAAAGGGGGGACAGGAACUGUCCAGUGGGUUUGACAGUGUAAAGGGGGGACAGGAACUGUCCAGUGGGUUUGACAGUGUAAAGGGGACAGGAACUGUCCAGUGGGUUUGACAGUGUAAAGGGGACAGGAACUGUCCAGUGGGUUUGACAGUGUAAAGGGGGGACAGGAACUGUCCAGUGGGUUUGACAGUGUAAAGGGGACAGGAACUGUCCAGUGGGUUUGACAGUGUAAAGGGGGGACAGGAACUGUCCAGUGGGUUUGACAGCAUAAAGGGGACAGGAACUGUCCAGUGGGUUUGACAGUGUAAAGGGGGGACAGGAACUGUCCAGUGGGUUUGACAGUGUAAAGGGGACAGGAACUGUCCAGUGGGUUUGACAGCGUAAAGGGGGGACAGGAACUGUCCAGUGGGUUUGACAGUGUAAAGGGGACAGGAACUGUCCAGUGGGUUUGACAGUGUAAAGGGGGGACAGGAACUGUCCAGUGGGUUUGACAGCGUAAAGGGGACAGGAACUGUCCAGUGGGUUUGACAGUGUAAAGGGGGACAGGAACUGUCCAGUGGGUUUGACAGCAUAAAGGGGGGACAGGAACUGUCCAGUGGGUUUGACAGCGUAAAGGGGACAGGAACUGUCCAGUGUGAGUCUGUAAGGGGGACAGAGGGAGAGUGGAGCGGGAGGAGGACAGAGGGAGAGUGGAGCGGGAGGAGGACAGAGGGAGAGUGGAGCGGGAGGAGGACAGAGGGAGAGUGGAGCGGGAGGAGGACAGAGGGAGAGUGGAGCGGGAGGAGGACAGAGGGAGAGUGGAGCGGGAGGGGGACAGAGGGAGAGUGGAGCGGGAGGAGGACAGAGGGAGAGUGGAGCGGGAGGAGGACAGAGGGAGGGUGGAGCGGGAGGAGGACAGAGGGAGAGUGGAGCGGGAGGAGGACAGAGGGAGAGUGGAGCGGGAGGAGGACAGAGGGAGAGUGGAGCGGGAGGAGGACAGAGGGAGAGUGGAGCGGGAGGAGGACAGAGGGAGAGUGGAGCGGGAGGAGGACAGAGGGAGAGUGGAGCGGGAGGAGGACAGAGGGAGAGUGGAGCGGGAGGAGGACAGAGGGAGAGUGGAGCGGGAGGAGGACAGAGGGAGAGUGGAGCGGGAGGAGGACAGAGGGAGAGGAGGAUGUAUCUUAGUAGUCUAGAGCGGUACUGAUCUGAAAACGAGGUCAAAGCAAUGUGACAGACAACCAGCAGGAAUGACUUUUCAUCUGUCUACUUAUUUUAUCUGGGUUAACUCAUUUUGUAUGGUGUGUGGUGUGUGUGUCCGUCCAGGUGCAGCCCCAAAGCCAGUGGCUCCAGUAGAUCCGUGGGGUCCCCCGUCCUCCUCUGUUCCCCCCAUGAAGAGCAGUGAUCCCUGGGGAACCAACCCUGCUCCUGACCCCUGGGGCUCUGGAGGCACAAUGCCCAAGACCUCCAACACAGGUACACCAGGGUUUAGUUAGCCGGUAAUAGCUGGCUUUGGCAAAAUAUAAUAACAACAAUAAUAAUAACAAUAAUAGUAAUAAUAAUAGUAAUAAUAACAAUAAUAAUAAUAAUAGCAGUAGUAAUAAUAGUAGUAAUAAUAGCAGUAAUAAUAAUAGUAGUAGUAGUAAUAAUAGUAGUAAUAAUAGCAGUAGUAAUAAUAGUAGUAAUAAUAGCAGUAAUAAUAAUAGUAGUAGUAAUAAUAGUAGUAAUAAUAGUAGUAAUAAUAGUAGUAAUAAUAGUAGUAAUAAUAGCAGCAAUAAUAAUAAUAGUAGUAGUAGUAAUAAUAGUAGUAAUAAUAGUAGUAAUAAUAGCAGUAAUAAUAGCAGUAGUAAUAGCAGUAGUAAUAAUAGUAGUAAUAAUAGCAGUAAUAAUAAUAGUAGUAGUAGUAGUAAUAAUAGUAGUAAUAGUAAUAAUAAUAAUAGUAAUAAUAAUAAUCAUGAAAAGCCGAUUAAAUAACAUUUGCAGCGGCCAAUAGUCCGGGAGAAAAAAAACAUCCCAUUUGCAAAACAAUGCUUUUCAGCAUAUUCAUUGAUGGAAAUACCAGUCGAUGUAACCCCAUGUUGACCGCUCUAUAGGUUAAUUGGCAUUUAUUUAGUGGAAUGAAACGGCUGCGUGUGUAUUUCGGUUAGUCGUUCCGUGUGUUAUUUACCACAGGCGUACAGACACAGCCUAGCGUGAACAGGGCGUGUGUAUUUCGGUUAGUCGUUCCGUGUGUUAUUUACCACAGGCGUACAGACUCAGCCUGGCGUGAACAGGGCGUGUGUAUUUCGGUUAGUCGUUCCGUGUGUUAUUUACCACAGGCGUACAGACUCAGCCUGGCGUGAACAGGGCGUGUGUAUUUUGGUUAGUCGUUGUGUGUGUUAUUUACCACAGGCGUACAGACACAGCCUAGCGUGAACAGGGCGUGUGUAUUUUGGUUAGUCGUUCCGUGUGUUAUUUACCACAGGCGUCCAGACCCAGCCUGGCGUGAACAGGGCGUGUGUAUUUUGGUUAGUCGUUCCGUGUGUUAUUUACCACAGGCGUACAGACACAGCCUAGCGUGAACAGGGCGUGUGUAUUUUGGUUAGUCGUUCCGUGUGUUAUUUACCACAGGCGUACAGACCCAGCCUGGCGUGAACAGGGCGUGUGUAUUUUGGUUAGUCGUUCCGUGUGUUAUUUACCACAGGCGUACAGACACAGCCUAGCGUGAACAGGGCGUGUGUAUUUUGGUUAGUCGUUGCGUGUGUUAUUUACCACAGGCGUACAGACUCAGCCUGGCGUGAACAGGGCGUGUGUAUUUUGGUUAGUCGUUCCGUGUGUUAUUUACCACAGGCGUACAGACACAGCCUAGCGUGAACAGGGCGUGUGUAUUUUGGUUAGUCGUUCCGUGUGUUAUUUACCACAGGCGUACAGACACAGCCUAGCGUGAACAGGGCGUGUGUAUUUUGGUUAGUCGUUACGUGUGUUAUUUACCACAGGCGUACAGACACAGCCUAGCGUGAACAGGGCGUGUGUAUUUUGGUUAGUCGUUGUGUGUGUUAUUUACCACAGGCGUACAGACUCAGCCUGGCGUGAACAGGGCGUGUGUAUUUCGGUUAGUCGUUCCGUGUGUUAUUUACCACAGGCGUACAGACUCAGCCUGGCGUGAACAGGGCGUGUGUAUUUUGGUUAGUCGUUCCGUGUGUUAUUUACCACAGGCGUACAGACUCAGCCUGGCGUGAACAGGGCGUGUGUAUUUUGGUUAGUCGUUCCGUGUGUUAUUUACCACAGGCGUACAGACUCAGCCUGGCGUGAACAGGGCGUGUGUAUUUCGGUUAGUCGUUCCGUGUGUUAUUUACCACAGGCGUCCAGACCCAGCCUGGCGUGAACAGGGCGUGUGUAUUUUGGUUAGUCGUUCCGUGUGUUAUUUACCACAGGCGUCCAGACCCAGCCUGGCGUGAACAGGGCGUGUGUAUUUUGGUUAGUCGUUCCGUGUGUUAUUUACCACAGGCGUACAGACUCAGCCUGGCGUGAACAGGGCGUGUGUAUUUUGGUUAGUCGUUGCGUGUGUUAUUUACCACAGGCGUACAGACUCAGCCUGGCGUGAACAGGGCGUGUGUAUUUUGGUUAGUCGUUACGUGUGUUAUUUACCACAGGCGUACAGACUCAGCCUAGCGUGAACAGGGCAUCUGUCAAUGAAUUUAUUUGCACCACCCUGAUAUGAACUAUAUACACCAUCACCAUUUUGAUUUUUAGGCGGUAGAUCAGCUUCAUCCAUCCGUCCGUCCGUCCGUCCGUCCGUCCGUCCGUCCGUCCGUCCGUCCAUCCAUCCAUCCAUCCAUCCAUCCAUAUGAAACGUGCUUUUAGAAGCCCAAUCAAUGCGCAAACAAUUCUAAAUGCAAUCACUUGUUAAAAACACUCUUGAUGGACACGAUAAAAAAAUAAAAUAAAAAGCUACUAUUUCUAUUUCUCAACUGGUAAUUGAAGCGCGCCUCACCAUUCACCAUUCGAGUGUAUAGGCAACGGCCGGCAGGCUAUCAGCGCGUCACCCACCACUUUGCAAUGUGAGCUGGAGACGGUAUAGAUUUGGAAACGCCUCCCCAUUCACCAUUCGAGUGUAUAGGGAACGGCCGGCAGGCUAUCAGCGCGUCACCCACCACUUUGCAAUGUGAGCUGGAGACGGUAUAGAUUUGGAAAACAUAAACUUUAAUUGUUUGAAACCUGGACGUUUUACUUGAUAUAAUGAGGCAUGUCUUACCUUGAAAGUAGCCUAUAGCCAAAAUCCAACCAUAGAUUUAUUUUUUAUAAAUACUUCCUCAUAUGCCAUUGAAACUAGCAUUUUUCUCCUGUUCUAUUGGUUUUCAAAUCAACUUUAUUUCGUUGUCCCAGAAGCCAAAGGCCCAAUCAUAAUCGUAUUAGCAACCCCAUCCUAGUUGCUGCAUCUUUACAUUCUCCCUCUUUCUAAGUUUUUAGAACUGAGAUUUUCUGUCACAAGUGUUUUCCCGCUAAUUGCAUUAUGGGACAAACGUUCGUGUGUAGCCUACUGCCGUAUGCGCAUUGCUGCGCUUAUAAUGUGGAAAAAGAAUAGUUGAUCAACAUUCUAAACUAAACGUUAAAUUCAUAAAAAUAAAAAAAAUGAAUAUGCCAUUUAGCAGACGCUUUUAUCCAAAGCGACUUACAGUCAUGUGCGCAUACAUUUUUUACGUAUGGGUGGUCCCGGGGAUCGAACCCACUACCCUGGCGUUACAAGCGCCGUGCUCUACCAACUGAGCUACGUUCUGAUCUGUUGCAUCAGAUUCAUUGCUUUUUAAUGUACUGGUUGUAUGAAUUUGGGAUCCUUCGUCCCACAACUGUCCCCAGAGUCUGUUUGGAAUAAAGCUAUUUCUUUCUCGACAAGCUGACCAAUAGAAUAGGUCAACGUUUCUACUCCGGCGGAUAGGAGAUUGGCAGACUGGUGACUUUGCUGUUCGUUACUCGUCUUGUUGGCGGAGGAACUGUAAAAUGUGGACAGUUAUUCUGAAAUCUUCAAAGUGCGCGUCGGGAAUUCGGUAAGAAGGGGGGGACCGGACCGCACGUCGUUGCAUCCUGGAGUUGCAUGUUCUGACCAGAUGAAUUUACCAUAAUCUGAAUGUGAUUUCUGUCAUUCUGAUCACCGUGGGUGGACACCCUAAUCAGGUUUACACACACAAGGCAUAUGGGUCCGGCAGAUUUCUCAAAUGUCCGGUAAAUUUAAAAUACUUCCGGUCAAAUGUCAAGCGCCACAUUCUCCUGACGGAAACCCUGACACACACACACACACACACACACACACACACACACACACACACACACAAAGGGAACACAUACACCCACCAAGAUCUGCAGACCUCCACACAGAUACACAACUGCUCACAAGACACUGGAAACAUUAACCCUGCUGUCUGUGUGUGUGUGUGUGUGUCUUUGUGUGUGUGUGUGUGUGUGUGUGUUCCCCCCAGCAGGUAGUUUUGACCUGUUCAGUUCGUCCAACGGUACGUCCAGAGAAGACCUGUCAGAGUUUGACAGCCUCCACCGCUCCUCUCUCCUCUCUGGUACUCCUCUUCCUCCUCCUCCUCCUCAUCCUCUAUCUAACACACUCCUUAAGUAGCCUUUAUGACAGUCUCCUCCACCGCUCCUCUCUCUCUUUGUAGUCUUUAUGACAGCCUCCUCCACCGCUCCUCUCUCUCUCUUUGUAGUCUUUAUGACAGUCUCCUCCACCGCUCCUCUCUCUCUCUUUGUAGUCUUUAUGACAGUCUCCUCCACCGCUCCUCUCUCUCUUUGUAGUCUUUAUGACAGUCUCCUCCACCGCUCCUCUCUCUCUCUUUGUAGUCUUUAUGACAGUCUCCUCCACCGGUCCUCUCUCUCUCUUUGUAGUCUUUAUGACAGUCUCCUCCACCGCUCCUCUCUCUCUCUUUGUAGUCUUUAUGACACAGUAUCCGUCCACCGGUCCUCCUCUCUCUCCUUUGGUAGUCCUUUAUUGACAGUCUCCUCCACCGCUCCUCUCUCUCUCUUUGUUAGUCUUUAUGACAUGUCUACCUCCACCCGCUCCUCUCUCUCUCUUUGUAGUCUUUAUGACAGUUCCUCCUCCACCGACUCCUCUCUCUCAUCUUUUGUAGUCUUUAUGACAGUCCUCCUCCUACUACUCUCUCGGUUGUAGUUCUUUAUGACCAGUCUACCUCCUCUCUAUCUCUUUGUAGUACUUAUGACAGCCUCCUCCAACACCGACUCCCUCUCUCUCUCGUUGUAAGGCCCUUUAUGGACAGUCUCCUCCAGCCGCUCCUCGUCUACUCUCUUUGUAGUUCUUUAUGACAGUCCCUCCUCCACCGCUCACUCUCUCUCGUCUUUGUACGUCCUUUAUGGACAGCCUCCUCCCUACCGCCUCCUCUCUCUCCCUUGGGUAGUCUUUAUGACAGUCUCCUCCACCGGUCCUCUCUCUCUCUUUGUAGUCUUUAUGACAGUCUCCUCCACCGCUCCUCUCUCUCUCUUUGUAGUCUUUAUGACAGUCUCCUCCACCGCUCCUCUCUCCUCUCUGGUACUCCUCUUCCUCCUCUUCCUCUUCCUCCUCCUCUCUCUCUCUUUGUAGUCUUUAUGACAGUCUCCUCCACCGCUCCUCUCUCUCUUUGUAGUCUUUAUGACAGUCUCCUCCACCGCUCCUCUCUCUCUCUGUAGCCUUUAUGACAGUCUCCUCCACCGCUCCUCUCUCUCUCUGUAGCCUUUAUGACAGUCUCCUCCACCGCUCCUCUCUCUCUCUUUGUAGUCUUUAUGACAGUCUCCUCCAAAGCAUAUUGAGGAGUUGGUUAAGAAGCUGAGGGUUAAAAUAGGUGUAAUGCCUCUCGCUAAAUAGUAGGAAGCAGAUUAUUCAGUCGACGUUUCCUACCGGUCCUAGACUAUGACGACGUCAUCUAUAUGAACGCAGCUGCCACUUCAUUAACGCCGUCAGAUGCAGUUUAUCACGGAGCUCUGCACUUUAAUACGGGCGACAGGUUUAGUAUUAAUUACUGCGUUCUCUAACAGGAAGUUGGUUGGCCCUCUGAGGUCACGUAGGUUGAUACAUUGCUUUGUUUUCAUUUAGAAAGGCCUUUUUUUUUUUUUUUUUUUACAAAAAGUCCCACUACUUUUAACAUCAUUACUCAACUUUAGAAAUAUGAGUUACCACACCAGGUCUAAGGGAUGGCUAACUCUGGAAAUUCCAAUUCUUAUUUCUGGAACAAUCUUCAAAAUGUUCUUACGUUUUGGUGCCUCUCGGGGCAGUGGUCACCAACCGGGCGAUCGACCGGUCGAUCUACAAGGCAUUACUAGUCGAUCACCAAACAUUUCUGUGGAUAAGCCAAUGAUAAAGGCUUGAGCUCCUUUUUAAUAUAAUUGGUGUUGUGCUGUUGGUGGUAGGUUCACUAGAUUCAGAAGCCCUGUUCACUAGAUUCAGAAGCCCUGUUCACUAGAUUCAGAAGCCCUGUUCACUAGAUUCAGAAGCCCUGUUCACUAGAUUCAGAAGCCCUGUUGGUGGUAGGUUCACUAGAUUCAGAAGCCCGGUUCACUAGAUUCAGAAGCCCGGUUCACUAGAUUCAGAAGCCCUGUUCACUAGAUUCAGAAGCCCUGUUGGUGGUAGGUUCACUAGAUUCAGAAGCCCUGUUCACUAGAUUCAGAAGCCCUGUUGGUGGUAGGUUCACUAGAUUCAGAAGCCCUGUUGGCGGUGGGUUCACUAGAUUCAGAAGCCCUGUUGGUGGUAGGUUCACUUGAUUCAGAAGCCCUGUUGGUGGUAGGUUCACUAGAUUCAGAAGCCCUGUUGGCGGUGGGUUCACUAGAUUCAGAAGCCCUGUUGGUGGUAGGUUCACUAGAUUCAGAAGCCCUGUUGGCGGUAGGUUAACUAGAUUCAGAAGCCCUGUUGGCGGUGGGUUCACUAGAUUCAGAAGCCCUGUUGGUGGUAGGUUCACUAGAUUCAGAAGCCCUGUUGGCGGUGGGUUCACUAGAUUCAGAAGCCCUGUUGGCGGUGGGUUCACUAGAUUCAGAAGCCCUGUUGGCGGUAGGUUCACUAGAUUCAGAAGCCCUGUUGGCGGUAGGUUCACUAGAUUCAGAAGCCCUGUUGGCGGUGGGUUCACUAGAUUCAGAAGCCCUGUUGGCGGUAGGUUCACUAGAUUCAGAAGCCCUGUUGGCGGUAGGUUCACUAGAUUCAGAAGCCCUGUUGGUGGUAGGUUCACUAGAUUCAGAAGCCCUGUUCACUAGAUUCAGAAGCCCUGUUGGUGGUAGGUGCACUAGAUUCAGAAGCCCUGUUCACUAGAUUUAGAAGCCCUGUUGGUGGUAGGUGCACUAGAUUCAGAAGCCCUGUUCACUAGAUUUUUCACGCUCAACGGUUUCCUGUGUGUAUCAAGAACGGUCCACCACCCAAAGGACAUCCAGCCAACUUGACACAACUGUGGGAAGCAUUGGAGUCAACAUGGGCCAGCGUCCCUGUGGAACGCUUUUGACUCUAGUAGAGUUCAUGCCCCCGACGAAUUGAGGCUGUACUGAGGGUAAAAGGUGGCUCAACUCAAUAUUUUGUACACUAUGUACAAUUAUCUGUAAGGCCCCUCGGUCAAGCAGUGAAUUUCAAACACAGAUUCAACCACAAAGACCAGGGAGGUUUUCCAAUGCCUCGCAAAGAAGGGCACCGAUUGGUAAAUGGGUAAACAUGAAAAAAGCAGACAUUAAACAUCCCUUUGAGCAUGGUGAAGUUAUUAAUUACACUUUAGAUGGUGUAUCAAUACACCCAGUCACUACAAAGAUACAGGUGUCCUUCCUAACUCAGUUGCCGGAGAGGAAGGAAACCGCUCAGGGAUUUCACCAUGAGGCCAAUGGUGACUUUUAAACAGUUAGUGAGUUGAAUGGCUGUGAUAGGAGAGAACUGAGGAUGGAUCAACAACAUUGCAGUUACUCCACAAUACUAACCUAAAUUACAGAGUGAAAAGAAGGAAGCCUGUACAGAAUCUAAAUAUUCCAAAACAUGCAUCCUGAUUAUAACAAGGCAUUAAAGUAAUACUGUAAAACAUGUGGCAAAGCAAUACACCUUUUCCCCACAAUAAAACACAUUACAGAGUACCACUCUCCAUAUUUUCAAGCAUAGUGGUGGCUGCAUCAUGUUAUGGGUAUUGCUUGUAAUUGUUAAGGACCGGUGAGUUUUUUUUCAGGAUAAAAAAAUAAAUGGAAUGGAGCUAAGCACAGGCAAAAUCCUGGAGGAAAAACCUGGUUCAGUCUGCUUUCCACCAGACACUGGGAGAUUAAUUCACCUUUCAGCAGGACAAUAACCUAAGAACACAAGGCCAAAUAUACACUGGAGUUGCUUAACAAUAAGACAGUGAAUGUUUCAGAGUUACAGUUUUGACUUAAAUCUACUUGAAAAUCUAUGGCAAGACUUGAAAAUGGUUGUCUAGCAAUGAUCAACAACCAAUUUGACAGAACUUGAAGAAUUGUUGUACAAUCCAGGUGUGUAAAGCUCUUAGAGACUUACCCAGAAAGACUCACAGCUGUAAUCACUGCCAAAGGGGAUUCUAACAUGUAUUAACUCACAGGGUUGAAUACUUAAUGUAAAUGAGAUUCGGUAUUUCAUUUUCAAUGAAUUUGCAAAAAUUUCUAAAAACAUGUUUUCACUUUGUCAUUAUGGGGCGUUGUGUGUAGAUGGGUGAUUUUUUUUUUUUUGUUAUUUAAAAAAAAAUCAAUUUUGAAUUCAGGCUGUAACAACAAAAUGUAGAAUAAGUCAAGGGGGUAUGAAUACUUUCUGAAGGCACUGUAUAAUUGUCAGGUAAAACAUCUGGGUUAAUGAUUCAGCCGUCAGGGGCAGAGAGCUGCGGACAAAGGGGAUCAAGCAUAUCAGGCCAAGUGGAUAAAGGGGAUUUGUUUACAUCAAUCUUAAGCAAGGCAUCUAGCACAUCACAAGGAGAACGUUGUUGAAAUGAAAACAAAGAUUGAGUAGAAGUUGAGGCGUUAACCGUGGAGUCAGCUAGUGGUAACCUGUCUCUCUCUCUGUAAUCCCCCUUAACCGUGGAGUCAGCUAGUGGUAACCUGUCUCUCUCUCUCUGUAAUCCUCCUUAACCGUGGAGUCAGCUAGUGGUAACCUGUCUCUCUCUCUCUGUAAUCCCCCUUAACCGUGGAGUCAGCUAGAGGUAACCUGUCUCUCUCUCUCUGUAAUCCUCCUUAACCGUGGAGUCAGCUAGAGGUAACCUGUCUCUCUCUCUGUAAUCCUCCUUAACCGUGGAGUCAGCUAGUGGUAACCUGUCUCUCUCUCUGUAAUCCUCCUUAACCGUGGAGUCAGCUAGUGGUAACCUGUCUCUCUCUCUGUAAUCCUCCUUAACCGUGGAGUCAGCUAGAGGUAACCUGUCUCUCUCUCUGUAAUCCUCCUUAACCGUGGAGUCAGCUAGUGGUAACCUGUCUCUCUCUCUCUGUAAUCCUCCUUAACCGUGGAGUCAGCUAGUGGUAAUCUGUCUCUCUCUCUGUAAUCCUCCUUAACCGUGGAGUCAGCUAGUGGUAACCUGUCUCUCUCUCUGUAAUCCUCCUUAACCGUGGAGUCAGCUAGUGGUAACCUGUCUCUCUCUCUCUGUAAUCCCCCUUAACCGUGGAGUCAGCUAGAGGUAAUCUGUCUCUCUCUCUGUAAUCCUCCUUAACCGUGGCGUCAGCUAGAGGUAACCUGUCUCUCUCUCUCUGUAAUCCUCCUUAACCGUGGAGUCAGCUAGAGGUAAUCUGUCUCUCUCUCUGUAAUCCCCCUUAACCGUGGAGUCAGCUAGAGGUAACCUGUCUCUCUCUCUGUAAUCCCCUUUAACCGUGGAGUCAGCUAGAGGUAACCUGUCUCUCUCUCUGUAAUCCUCCUUAACCGUGGAGUCAGCUAGAGGUAAUCUCUCUCUCUGUAAUCCUCCUUAACCGUGGAGUCAGCUAGUGGUAACCUGUCUCUCUCUCUGUAAUCCUCCUUAACCGUGGAGUCAGCUAGUGGUAACCUGUCUCUCUCUCUCUCUGUAAUCCUCCUUAACCGUGGAGUCAGCUAGAGGUAACCUGUCUCUCUCUCUGUAAUCCCCCUUAACCGUGGAGUCAGCUAGUGGUAACCUGUCUCUCUCUCUGUAAUCCUCCUUAACCGUGGAGUCAGCUAGAGGUAACCUGUCUCUCUCUCUCUGUAAUCCUCCUUAACCGUGGAGUCAGCUAGAGGUAAUCUGUCUCUCUCUCUGUAAUCCUCCUUAACCGUGGAGUCAGCUAGAGGUAACCUGUCUCUCUCUCUGUAAUCCUCCUUAACCGUGGAGUCAGCUAGUGGUAACCUGUCUCUCUCUCUCUGUAAUCCUCCUUAACCGUGGAGUCAGCUAGAGGUAACCUGUCUCUCUCUCUGUAAUCCCCCUUAACCGUGGAGUCAGCUAGAGGUAACCUGUCUCUCUCUCUGUAAUCCUCCUUAACCGUGGAGUCAGCUAGAGGUAACCUGUCUCUCUCUCUGUAAUCCUCCUUAACCGUGGAGUCAGCUAGAGGUAACCUGUCUCUCUCUCUCUGUAAUCCUCCUUAACCGUGGAGUCAGCUAGUGGUAACCUGUCUCUCUCUCUGUAAUCCUCCUUAACCGUGGAGUCAGCUAGUGGUAAUCUGUCUCUCUCUCUGUAAUCCUCCUUAACCGUGGAGUCAGCUAGUGGUAACCUGUCUCUCUCUCUGUAAUCCUCCUUAACCGUGGAGUCAGCUAGUGGUAACCCGUCUCUCUCUCUCUGUAAUCCUCCUUAACCGUGGAGUCAGCUAGAGGUAAUCUGUCUCUCUCUCUCUCUGUAAUCCCCCUUAACCGUGGAGUCAGCUAGUGGUAACCUGUCUCUCUCUCUGUAAUCCCCCUUAACCGUGGAGUCAGCUAGUGGUAACCUGUCUCUCUCUCUCUGUAAUCCUCCUUAACCGUGGAGUCAGCUAGAGGUAACCUGUCUCUCUCUCUGUAAUCCUCCUUAACCGUGGAGUCAGCUAGAGGUAAUCUGUCUCUCUCUCUCUCUGUAAUCCCCCUUAACCGUGGAGUCAGCUAGUGGUAACCUGUCUCUCUCUCUGUAAUCCCCCUUAACCGUGGAGUCAGCUAGAGGUAACCUGUCUCUCUCUCUCUGUAAUCCCCCUUAACCGUGGAGUCAGCUAGAGGUAACCUGUCUCUCUCUCUCUGUAAUCCCCCUUAACCGUGGAGUCAGCUAGAGGUAACCUGUCUCUCUCUCUGUAAUCCCCCUUAACCGUGGAGUCAGCUAGAGGUAACCUGUCUCUCUCUCUGUAAUCCUCCUUAACCGUGGAGUCAGCUAGUGGUAACCUGUCUCUCUCUCUCUGUAAUCCUCCUUAACCGUGGAGUCAGCUAGUGGUAACCUGUCUCUCUCUCUGUAAUCCUCCUUAACCGUGGAGUCAGCUAGAGGUAAUCUCUCUCUCUGUAAUCCUCCUUAACCGUGGAGUCAGCUAGUGGUAACCUGUCUCUCUCUCUGUAAUCCCCCUUAACCGUGGAGUCAGCUAGUGGUAACCUGUCUCUCUCUCUGUAAUCCCCCUUAACCGUGGAGUCAGCUAGAGGUAACCUGUCUCUCUCUCUGUAAUCCCCCUUAACCGUGGAGUCAGAUAGAGGUAACCUGUCUCUCUCUCUGUAAUCCUCCUUAACCGUGGAGUCAGCUAGAGGUAACCUGUCUCUCUCUCUGUAAUCCCCCUUAACCGUGGAGUCAGCUAGAGGUAAUCUGUCUCUCUCUCUCUGUAAUCCUCCUUAACCGUGGAGUCAGCUAGUGGUAACCUGUCUCUCUCUCUGUAAUCCUCCUUAACCGUGGAGUCAGCUAGUGGUAACCUGUCUCUCUCUCUGUAAUCCCCCUUAACCGUGGAGUCAGCUAGUGGUAACCUGUCUCUCUCUCUCUGUAAUCCUCCUUAACCGUGGAGUCAGCUAGUGGUAACCUGUCUCUCUCUCUGUAAUCCUCCUUAACCGUGGAGUCAGCUAGUGGUAACCUGUCUCUCUCUCUCUGUAAUCCCCCUUAACCGUGGAGUCAGCUAGAGGUAACCUGUCUCUCUCUCUGUAAUCCCCCUUAACCGUGGAGUCAGCUAGAGGUAACCUGUCUCUCUCUCUCUGUAAUCCCCCUUAACCGUGGAGUCAGCUAGAGGUAACCUGUCUCUCUCUCUGUAAUCCCCCUUAACCGUGGAGUCAGAUAGAGGUAACCUGUCUCUCUCUCUGUAAUCCCCCUUAACCGUGGAGUCAGCUAGUGGUAACCUGUCUCUCUCUCUCUGUAAUCCUCCUUAACCGUGGAGUCAGCUAGUGGUAACCUGUCUCUCUCUCUGUAAUCCUCCUUAACCGUGGAGUCAGCUAGUGGUAACCUGUCUCUCUCUCUGUAAUCCUCCUUAACCGUGGAGUCAGCUAGUGGUAACCUGUCUCUCUCUCUGUAAUCCUCCUUAACCGUGGAGUCAGCUAGAGGUAACCUGUCUCUCUCUCUGUAAUCCUCCUUAACCGUGGAGUCAGCUAGAGGUAACCUGUCUCUCUCUCUGUAAUCCUCCUUAACCGUGGAGUCAGCUAGAGGUAAUCUGUCUCUCUCUCUCUCUGUAAUCCCCCUUAACCGUGGAGUCAGCUAGUGGUAACCUGUCUCUCUCUCUCUGUAAUCCUCCUUAACCGCGGAGUCAGCUAGUGGUAACCUGUCUCUCUCUCUGUAAUCCUCCUUAACCGUGGAGUCAGCUAGAGGUAAUCUCUCUCUCUGUAAUCCUCCUUAACCGUGGAGUCAGCUAGUGGUAACCUGUCUCUCUCUCUGUAAUCCCCCUUAACCGUGGAGUCAGCUAGUGGUAACCUGUCUCUCUCUCUGUAAUCCCCCUUAACCGUGGAGUCAGCUAGAGGUAACCUGUCUCUCUCUCUGUAAUCCCCCUUAACCGUGGAGUCAGAUAGAGGUAACCUGUCUCUCUCUCUGUAAUCCUCCUUAACCGUGGAGUCAGCUAGAGGUAACCUGUCUCUCUCUCUGUAAUCCCCCUUAACCGUGGAGUCAGCUAGAGGUAAUCUGUCUCUCUCUCUCUGUAAUCCUCCUUAACCGUGGAGUCAGCUAGUGGUAACCUGUCUCUCUCUCUGUAAUCCUCCUUAACCGUGGAGUCAGCUAGUGGUAACCUGUCUCUCUCUCUGUAAUCCCCCUUAACCGUGGAGUCAGCUAGUGGUAACCUGUCUCUCUCUCUCUGUAGUCCUCCUUAACCGUGGAGUCAGCUAGUGGUAACCUGUCUCUCUCUCUGUAAUCCUCUUUAACCGUGGAGUCAGCUAGUGGUAACCUGUCUCUCUCUCUCUGUAAUCCUCCUUAACCGUGGAGUCAGCUAGUGGUAACCUGUCUCUCUCUCUGUAAUCCUCCUUAACCGUGGAGUCAGCUAGAGGUAACCUGUCUCUCUCUCUGUAAUCCCCCUUAACCGUGGAGUCAGCUAGAGGUAACCUGUCUCUCUCUCUCUGUAAUCCCCUUAACCGUGGAGUCAGCUAGAGGUAAUCUGUCUCUCUCUCUCUGUAAUCCUCCUUAACCGUGGAGUCAACUAGUGGUAACCUGUCUCUCUCUCUGUAAUCCUCCUUAACCGUGGAGUCAGCUAGUGGUAACCUGUCUCUCUCUCUCUGUAAUCCCCCUUAACCGUGGAGUCAGCUAGUGGUAACCUGUCUCUCUCUCUCUGUAAUCCUCCUUAACCGUGGAGUCAGCUAGUGGUAACCUGUCUCUCUCUCUGUAAUCCUCCUUAACCGUGGAGUCAGCUAGUGGUAACCUGUCUCUCUCUCUGUAAUCCUCCUUAACCGUGGAGUCAGCUAGUGGUAACCUGUCUCUCUCUCUGUAAUCCCCCUUAACCGUGGAGUCAGCUAGUGGUAACCUGUCUCUCUCUCUCUGUAAUCCUCCUUAACCGUGGAGUCAGCUAGUGGUAACCUGUCUCUCUCUCUCUGUAAUCCCCCUUAACCGUGGAGUCAGCUAGAGGUAACCUGUCUCUCUCUCUGUAAUCCCCCUUAACCGUGGAGUCAGCUAGUGGUAACCUGUCUCUCUCUCUCUGUAAUCCUCCUUAACUGUGGAGUCAGCUAGUGGUAACCUGUCUCUCUCUCUCUGUAAUCCUCCUUAACCGUGGAGUCAGCUAGAGGUAACCUGUCUCUCUCUCUCUGUAAUCCUCCUUAACCGUGGAGUCAGCUAGAGGUAACCUGUCUCUCUCUCUGUAAUCCUCCUUAACCGUGGAGUCAGCUAGAGGUAACCUGUCUCUCUCUCUCUGUAAUCCUCCUUAACCGUGGAGUCAGCUAGAGGUAACCUGUCUCUCUCUCUGUAAUCCUCCUUAACCGUGGAGUCAGCUAGAGGUAACCUGUCUCUCUCUCUGUAAUCCUCCUUAACCGUGGAGUCAGCUAGUGGUAACCUGUCUCUCUCUCUCUGUAAUCCCCCUUAACCGUGGAGUCAGCUAGAGGUAACCUGUCUCUCUCUCUCUGUAAUCCUCCUUAACCGUGGAGUCAGCUAGAGGUAAUCUGUCUCUCUCUCUGUAAUCCUCCUUAACCGUGGAGUCAGCUAGAGGUAACCUGUCUCUCUCUCUCUCUGUAAUCCCCCUUAACCGUGGAGUCAGCUAGAGGUAACCUGUCUCUCUCUCUCUGUAAUCCCCCUUAACCGUGGAGUCAGCUAGAGGUAACCUGUCUCUCUCUCUCUGUAAUCCUCUUUAACCGUGGAGUCAGCUAGUGGUAACCUGUCUCUCUCUCUCUCUGUAAUCCUCCAGGUGACGGUCGGGGUCUCUCCUCCCUGACUAGUGGUACUGGGGACCCGUUUGACCCUCUCCCCAGCGGCUCCAGCAGGAAGACCCCAGAGUCCUUCCUGGGUCCUAAUGCAGCACUGGUCAACCUGGACUCACUGGUCACCAAGCCUCCCCAGCCUGCUCCUGUUGUCAACCCCUUCCUCGCUGCCGCAGGUACAGACAGGAUGCACACACGGUACAGGACAGACCUGCUGCAGGUACAGACAGGAUGCACACACGGUACAGGACAGACCUGCUGCAGGUACAGACAGGAUGCACACACGGUACAGGACAGACCUGCUGCAGGUACAGACAGGAUGCACACACGGUACAGGACAGACCUGCUGCAGGUACAGACAGGAUGCACACACUGUACAGGACAGACCUGCUGCAGGUACAGACAGGAUGCACACACGGUACAGGACAGACCUGCUGCAGGUACAGACAGGAUGCACACACGGUACAGGACAGACCUGCUGCAGGUACAGACAGGAUGCACACACGGUACAGGACAGACCUGCUGCAGGUACAGACAGGAUGCACACACGGUACAGGACAGACCUGCUGCAGGUACAGACAGGAUGCACACACGGUAAAGGACAGACCUGCUGCAGGUACAGACAGGAUGCACACACAGUACAGGACAGACCUGCUGCAGGUACAGACAGGAUGCACACACAGGUACAGGACAGACCUGCUGCAGGUACAGACAGGAUGCCACACACGGUACAGGACAGACCUGCUGCAGGUACAGACAGGAUGCACACACGGUACAGGACAGACCUGCCGCAGGUACAGACAGGAUGCACACACGGUACAGGACAGACCUGCCGGUACAGGAUGCACACACGGUACAGGACAGACCUGCCGCAGGUACAGACAGGAUGCACACACGGUACAGGACAGACCUGCUGCAGGUACAGACAGGAUGCACACACGGUACAGGACAGACCUGCUGCAGGUACAGACAGGAUAAACACACACGGUACAGGACAGACCUGCUGCAGGUACAGACAGGAUGCACACACGGUACAGGACAGACCUUCUGCAGGUACAGACAGGAUGCACACACGGUACAGGACAGACCUGCCGCAGGUACAGACAGGAUGCACACACGGUACAGGACAGACCUGCCGCAGGUACAGACAGGAUGCACACACGGUACAGGACAGACCUGCUGCAGGUACAGACAGGAUGCACACACGGUACAGGACAGACCUGCUGCAGGUACAGACAGGAUGCACACACGGUACAGGACAGACCUGCUGCAGGUACAGACAGGAUGCACACACGGUACAGGACAGACCUGCUGCAGGUACAGACAGGAUGCACACACGGUACAGGACAGACCUGCUGCAGGUACAGACAGGAUGCACACACGGUACAGGACAGACCUGCUGCAGGUACAGACAGGAUGCACACACGGUACAGGACAGACGGUACUCCAGCGUUUCCCAAACUCGGUCCUGGGGCCACCCCCAAGGGGUGCACCUUUUUUGGUUUUUGCCCUAACACAGUGGAUUCAAAUAAUCAAAGCUUGAUGAAGAUGUUGGUUAUUUGAAUCAACUGUGUAGUGCUCGGGCAAAAACCCUUGGGGUCCCAGGACCGAGUUUGAAUUCAACAGAGACAGGUGUUGAAACUUGUUGAGUUUGAAUACAAUCUAUGUUCUCUCUCUCUCUGGCGUUUGCUAAUGCUGAUGUCUUCUCUCUGUUCUGUUUGUCUCUCCCGUGUCUCCUUAGGAGCAGCCCCUGUAGCAGCCCCCCAGGCCAACCCGUUCCAGAUGGGCCAGCCCACCCCCCCUACCCUGAACCAGAUGAGGGUCAGCCCUAUGCCAGGCCAGGGUCUGGGGGGAGUAGCAGGGUUCAGCAGCGUGUCCUCUAUGGCAGACCCUCUGCCCCUCUCCUCCCUGGUCCCCCUGGGCCACGUGGUGCCCGGCGUUGGAGGGAUGGGGAGUAUCCCAGCCUCUAUGUCUAUGCCCCAGCCCCUCCUCAGCUCAGCCCUGCCCACCACAGCGGGCACACAGCCCCCCGGAACCACCAACCCCUUCCUGUUGUGA